GAGUUUGUUGGUGGCAUCCUCGCGGCGAUGAUGUUCCAGGUGACCCACCCCAAGGAGCUGGGGAGGGCGGGAAUGUGGAUUUCAGCCUUCGCUGCCGAGUUCCUGGGUACUUUCGUCCUGGUCUUCACUGUGGUUUGCAACGUCCUUGCCGGCGAUGCUAACUGGUCGCCAACAUCCAUUGCCUGCUCGCUGAUGGUCAUGAUCUAUGCCACAGGUGGUGUGUCUGGCGGCCACCUGAACCCGGCGGUGACCUUCGCUGUCACUCUCGUUAACAACGACUGGUCCGGCAGGUUCUUGGGAUACUGGUUCUCGCAGAUUGCGGGCGGCAUUGCAGCGGGCUUCGCCGGGUGCAGCUUGCACUCCAGCGUGGCAAACAUCGAGCCAAAGGAGCCUUACCAGACCUCCCAUGCCCUCAUGGCUGAGUUGAUCUACACCUUUAUGCUGGCCUUCACCGUCCUGAGUGUGGCCGCCUCCAAGCGCAACAACUCACCCAAGGACGGGAACAAUUUCUAUGCCCUUGCCAUUGCCUGGACCAUCAUCGCUGGCGGCUACGCGGUGGGCGGCGUCUCUGGAGCUGCCUUCAACCCAGCUGUAGCCAUCGGCCUCGAUAUUUCCAGCUACAGCGUGGGUGUUGGCUUUGGCUUCCUGUGGGCUCUCUUUGAGCUGUUAGGAGGAGGUCUGGCUGCAGCACUCUUCCGCAUGCUUCGGCCGGAGCAAUCCCUGGAGGGUGAGGCCCUGGAGAGCUACCAGCCCUCCAUCUUUGUGAAGUUGCUUGCUGAGUUUGUGGGUGUCUUCAUGUUGGUGCUCACUGUGGGCCUGAACCUCGUCAAUGAUUCGCCGGCCACGGCCUGGUCUGCGGCCGCGGCACUCAUGUGCAUGAUUUACUGCCUCGGAGAUAUUUCCGGCGCACACCUCAACCCGGCGGUGACGGCAGCGGUAGUUGCCAGCGGCCGGAAGCUGUGUAGUGGCCUGGAGGGCGUGGCAUAUGCAGCCACGCAGUACUUGGCCGGCGCCGCGGCUGGGCUCGUGUACUCCACGUACCAUGCGGCCGGACCGAAGGCCGAGGCCUUGAUCGGCCUUGCGCCGGGCAAGGGCUACACUCUGUUGCAAGCCGGCCUGUCCGAGUUGGCUGCCACGAUGCUCCUAGCCUACAUCGUGCUCAGCUGCGCCACUGUGGCCCCAGCGGGCGGCAACACCAAGACCAAGAAUAGCUUUUACUUCGCCCUGGCCAUCGGCUCCUGCGUGACGGUGGGAGGAUUCUCUCUUGGUGCCGUAUCUGGAGGCGAGUUGAAUCCAGCCGUGGCUUUGGGAAUCUCUACAGCCAGCAGUAUGCACCACCCCACGAACAUGGAGGGCGGCGACUUCUUCUCCAAUUUC